AUGGCAGAUGUUGUUGUCAGUGUUGUCCUGGAUAAAUUGGUGCCUCUGCUUGUAAGCGAGGGUCAUCAACUACUUGAAUUUGAUGAGCAAUUUGAGGAAACAAAGAAGGAGCUUCAGUACAUGCAAAGCUUUCUCAAGGUAGCCAAUUCGGUGAAGAGAAAAGAUAGGAACGAGAUUCUCAAGACGGUAAUGAGUGAAUUAAGAGACUUGGCAUACGAUGUCGAGGAUGUCAUAGCAGAUUGCCAGCUUCUAUCCCAGAAAAAACCCAGAGGGUAUGCGGUCAAUUUUAUUAGUUGUUCCUCUCUUAUCCUUGCCAAAUCUCGUCAUCAGUUGGGAAGGCGGUUGAGGAAAAUAAAUCAAGAGAUAAGGAAGGUGAAUAAGAGGAUGAUGGCGUACACGGUUAGUGCUCCUCACCUUAUAGGUAAAGAAGAAGGUGGUAAUAGGCCAAUGACGUACCCAAUCCUAGUGGAUGAAGCUGAAAUGGUAGGAUUAGAAGAUGACUCGGCAAAGAUUAGAAAUUGGAUCUUAGAAGCUAAUGACCCCUUAAUAGUGAUUGGAAUAGUUGGAAUGGGGGGGAUCGGUAAAACGACCCUCGCCCAAAAGAUAUGUAACAGCCAGGCUGUUAAAAACUCUUUUAAGUACUCGUUUGUUGUUACUGUUUCUCAAAAUUUAAAAUUGGAUGAAUUGCUAAAGAAGAUGCUAAUAAAACUAAAUGUAGAAGAGAAAUCUCUGAGGGGAAGGGAUGUCAAUGAACUAUUGGAAAGUCUUAAAAUGAAAUUAGAUGGGAAAUAUUUGGUAGUUUUGGAUGACGUUUGGGAAAUGGAAGAACUGGUGUGGUGGGAUAGCCUGAAGUCUGCUUUGCCCGGAAAGACAGGUAGCUGUGUCAUUGUUACAACGAGGAAUGAGAAGGUCGCUAAAUCAAUGGGGGCUACCGACAUGUACAUACAUCAUCCACAAAUUCUUUCGGAUGAAGAUGGCUGGUCCUUAUUCAGCAAAAUAGCUUUUGCAAGAGACGGAGGUAAGUGUACAAAUACAGACUUAGAGGGCUUGGGAAAGGACAUCGUUGCAAGGUGCGAGGGCCUGCCUUUAACAAUCAAAGUUGUUGGUGGAAUGAUGUUGGGGAAGGGUGAUUCUAUCCUUGAAUGGACACGAAUAUCAGAGCACCUACAAGAAGAGUUGGCAAUCAGUAAGAAAGAUGGGCUGGUCAUUUCAAGACUAGAACUAAGCUAUGAAGAGCUCCCACCACACUUAAAACCUUGCUUCUUGCGGUUUGCCAUCUUUCCUGAAGAUCUUGAAAUACCAAUUUCACAUGUGGUUGAUUGGUGGAUUAGCGAGGGUUUUGUUUGGGAAAGAGACGGAAAAACAGCAAUUGAGAUCGCAGAAGAAUACCUCACAGAAUUAUUUAAUCGAUUUUUGAUACUUGGAGUGAAUAAAGAUAUCUUCCAAAGACGCUUUGAAUCAUUCAGAAUACAUGAUAUGGUUCGAGAGAUGGUUACAAGAAUUGCAAGAGAAGAGAGCUUGUUUUUGAGCAUGGACUAUGGAGGUAGGCACUUAUUCAGUGAGAAGUCUCGCCACUUGAGAAUUCCGAUGAACACAACAGUGGAGAGCAUUCAAAACAGUUCCACCAAGUUGCGGCUGUUGGUUGGGAAGGACAUUGAGAGUAACGAGAUCAUUGUAAGUUUAAAAGCAAAACUCUGUAAACUAAGGUGGUUGAGGGUGUUAUCUCUUUCAUUGUCAAGCACAGAAAUCGAUGAAGACGCCGUGGCCAAGGAUUGGUUGAGUGGGAUAGGGUCAUUACAGCACCUCGUCUAUGUUAACAUAGGGAAUUCUGCCUUAAAAACACUCCCCAAUUCCAUCGGAAAGCUUCAUAAUCUUCAGUUUCUGUAUUUAUUCAACUGCCCCAAUUUGGAAAGGCUUCCUGUGUCAGUCACAACAUUAGAGAAGCUAACAACGAUCCAAAUCAUUGGCUGUGAGUCUUUAAAAUGCCUGCCAAAAGGGUUUGGAAAGCUUUCAAAUCUCGAACGGUUAUGGUUUAAACCUGUGAAAAAAAAUGGAUCUGGGAUUUCGCAGUUGAAGAACUUGACAAGACUCAGAGAACUUCGCAUGAACAUAGAAUCAGAGGAACAAAUUGAAGAAGGGGAAUGGAAUGUGUUUUCAAUGCUCCAGAAUCUGCAAAAUCUAGCGGUAUGCUUUGAUGGCAGCUGCGAUGGAGUUAUAAAGAAGACAGACUGUCAACUUUCUCCUCCUCUUAAAAGCCUCAGGGAGUUGUCUCUUGAAUACUACCCAGAAAAAAGCACACCUGCAUGGCUCAGUCCUACUUCCCUUCCCAAUCUUCAGUUUCUUCUCAUUAGUGGGGGAAGGAUUAGGCAGAUGGGUCCUAGAUUUUGGGACAGCGAUAAUGGGGUAUGGAAAGUGGAGGUUUUGGUGCUGGCAUACUUACAAGAGAUGGAUGAGGAGUGGUCGAGGAUACGAAAGGCAAUGCCGUCUUUAAGACUCCUCAAGGCUUGCGAGUGUCCGAAGCUUAAGUCAUUGCCAUCCCGUGUUACAGUUGAAUAUGAUCAGAACUGGAGCGUAUGGAGGAAAGAAGAAGAAGAAGAAGAUGUCUCUGACCUCUCUUUCAUCACUUUCCAUCUACCUAUUUAUGCUUCUUUCUUCAUUGAAGGUGCGGGUGCCGCUACAGAAAAGGAAGCAGCUCCAAUUUCGAGAGGCCAACAUCACUGCGCCCUUAACGCUGCCUUCCAUAUACACCUUCCUUGCCAAAACACAGCAACACAUGAGCAGCAGCCACUAGAUGAAGCAGAGAUAUAUAGACUGAAGCAGAGGCCGAAGGGUUGCAGCAGCUCCUCAACAGCAACCUGCGACCUAGACCUUGUCUGCCCAGCCGUCCCACCCAAUUGGAGCACAAACUGCUACUGCAAAAACCCUUCAUGGGAUCUCACCCUCCAAAGACCAAAGAAGCUCUUCCGCUGA